GAUGGGCGCCUGAGGCCGGGGGAUCAGCUCAUUGCCAUCAACAAGGAGUCCUUGAUAGGCGGGACCCACGAGGAGGCUAAGAGCAUGAUCAACAAGGUCAAAUUCAGGUGAGACACCAGACGGUGUGGGGGUGUGUGGGGGUGGGGGUGGAAAUGUGUGGGAGUGGAAGUGGAAGUGUGUGGGGGUGGAAGUGUGUGGUGGUGGGGGUGUAAGUGUGUGGGGGUGGAAGUGUAAGUGUGUGGGGGUGGAAGUGUGUGGGGGUGGGGGUGGAAGUGGGUGGGGUUGGAAGUGGAAGUGUGGGGGGGGUGGGGGUUGGGUGGAAGUGUAGUGUGUGGGGGUGGAGUGUGUGGGGUGGGGGUGGCAGUAUGUGGGGGUGUAAGUGUGUGGGGGUGGGGGUGGGGGUGGAAGUAUGUGGGGGUGUAAGUGUAAGUGUGUGGGGGUGGGGGUGGGGGCGGGUGGGGUUGGCCGUGGCACGUGUGGGGUGGGGUGGCCGUGUGGGGGUGGCCGUGUAAGUGUGUGGGGGUGGCCGUGUGUGGGGGGUGGACGUGGGUGGGGUUGGACGUGUACGUGUGGGGGGGUGGGGGGUGGGGGUGGAAGUGGAAGUGUGUUGGGGUAGAAGUGUAUGUUUGUGUGUGUGUAUGUGUGAGUAACGUAUAUACUGCAAGUUUGUGAAAUGAAAUAAACAGUAAUAAGGUGAGAUGUAGUGUACGGUAUACUUCUAAAGUUGUACUGCUAAGUGCUAACUAUGUUCUUCUAUCUGUCCCUCCAGUCAAGAGGCGGUGGUGGAGGUCGCUUUCAUCCCUGGUAAAGGUCCAUUCCCCAACAGCACGUCUCUACACAACGGUGGCCAGCGCGCCGUUGGCAACGGGUACAGCUCCGGACGCUUAAAAGUCCACGUCAGAUCACCAGAGGUCUGUCUCCUCUCCUCCUCCUCCUCCUCCUCUCCCCUUCUCCUCCUCCUCUCCUCCUCCUCCUCUCUUCUCCUCCUCCCCUCCUCCUCUCCUCUUCUCCUCCUCCUCUCCACCUCCUCUCCUCCUCUCCUCCUUCCCUCCCCUCCCCUCCUCCUCUCCUCUCCUCUCCUCCUCCUCCUCCUCCUGCCUCCACUCCUCCUCUCUUCUCCUCCUCCCCUCCUCCUCCCCUCCUCUUCUCUCCUCCUCCUCCUCCUCCCCUCCACCUCUCUUCUCUACCUCUACCACCUCUCUUCUCCUCCUCUCCUCUCCUCUCCUCUCCUCUCCUCUCCUCUCCUCUCCUCUCCUCUCCUCUCCUCUCUCCUCUCCUCUCCUCUCCUCUCCUCUCCUCUCCUCUCCUCUCCUCUCCUCCUCCUCCUCCUCCUCCUCCUCUUCCUCUCCUCUCCUUCUCCUCUCCUCUCCUCUUCUCCUCUCCUCUCCUCUCUCUCCUCUCUCUCUCCUCCUCCUCCUCUCUCUCCUCUCCUCCUCCUCUCCUCUCCUCUCCCUCCUCUCCUCUCCUCUCCUCUCCUCUCCUCCUUCCUCCUCUCCUCUGUAGUGUUACUGCUUCUAGCCUGAUGUAAUUUGGUAAUGAACUGAGUUACUGCUCUAGCCUGAUGUAAGGUUUGUAAGAUCUGUAGGUUACUACUCUCUAGCCUGAUGUAAUGUUGGGAAUGAUCUGUAGGUUACUGCUCUAGCCUGAUGUAAUGUUGGUAAAGAUCUGUAGGUUACUGCUCUAGCCUGAUGUAAUGUUGAUAAUGAUCUGUAGGUUACUGCUCUAGCCUGAUGUAAUGUUGAUAAAGAUCUGUAGGUUACUGCUCUAGCCUGAUGUAAUGUUGAUACAGAUCUGUAGUUACCCAGCUGAUGUAAUGUUGAAGGGUCUAGCCUUGGCUCUUUUAGCUCAGUGAGUUAAAUUGUUUAAGACAUUACAAAAACGGGGCCCCACCCAUUCCAAUCCCCCUUCUUUCCUAAAAAACCAAAAAAAACCCCCAGCCUCCCAAAUUGUCUAGAAGGUUCAUAGAACCUUGACAGUGUGAAUUCUAGAGUGCAUAGAACCUGGCCGUUCUGAUGCUAGAAGAGUUCUAUAUUCCCAUUAGACCCCUCCUCCUCCUGCCUCCUGUGGGUCCCUGUACGUUUAAAAAAGGACAGUGGCGAGGAGAAUAUAAUAUUAUGCUGAUGUGAGGUGUUGGCCUUUCUACCUGCCACUUCUACCGUUGAAAAGAUUGCCCUCUGCUCACGUGUGCCAACUGACACCAUCAUGUAGAAUAGGACACCUGAUUGUAUGUAUGGUCUGGCAUGGCAUGUCUGUUUUUUGUUGCUGACCCAGGUGUCUUGAUGAUGAAGGUCUUUGACCACUGAUGUAUAUGACUUGACUGAACCGCUUGGACUUAAAACUACAUGUUACACACGUAGUCAUGAUGAACUGCAUGUUAAACACUGUAGUUAUUGAAUGAAACUAAGGUUACACCCUGUAGUCUAUUGAUGUGAACUACAUGUUACACACUGUAGUCUAUUGAUGAACUGUUCACACUGUAGUCUAUUGAUGAAAUGUGACACGACUGUAGUAUAUGGAUGAAACUACAUGUUACCACACGUAGUCUAUUGAUGGAUAAAAAUACAUGUUACACACGUAGUCUACUGAUGAACGUUACACACUGUAGUCUAUUGAUGAACUGUACCACAAUUGUAGCUCUAUUGAUGAACUGCAUGUUACACAUGUUAGUCUAUUGAUGAAAAUACAGGUUACACACUGUAUAGUUAUUGAUGAACUAAUGUGUGUUACACCUGUGUCUAUUGAUGAACUGCAGUUACACACUGUAGUCUAUGAUUCUGAACUGUUACACCCUGUAGUCUAUUGAUGAAAUAAAUGUUUACACACUGGUAGUCUAAGAUGAACUACAUGUUACACACUGUAUAGUGCUAUUGAUGAACUACAGGUUACACACGGGAGUCUUACUGAUGAACUACAGUUACAAAUGUAGUUCUGAUGCACUGUACACACUGUAGUCAUUGAUGGAACUGCAGUUUUCUUUCCCCUACACUUAAACAUCCCCCCCAAUCAUUGAUUCCUUGUUGUACACAAUGUAGCUUAUGAUGAACUAAAUGUUACACCCACUGUAGUCUAUUGAUGAAACUGCCUGGUAAACACUGUAUAGUCUAUGAGCACCACUUGUGUACGUUCUGAGAAGUUAUUUCAAGGGAUGAGGUGCUCCUCUGAUGAGUUUAAUGUUGUUUCUAUGUGUGUAAAGCCAAAAAACAAACGUCACAUGCAUGUAGAAGACGUUUUCUAAUUUUAUUUUCAUGUUGUCCUCCAUUUGAAGGAUGGGCGCCUGAGGACGGGGGAUUCAGCUCAUCCAUCAACAAGGAGUCCUCGAUUAGGCGGGACCACGAGGAGGUAAGAGCAUGAUCAACAAGGUCAGAUGAGGUGAGACACCAGACGGUUGCGUGGGGGUGUGUGGGGUGGGGGGGAAAUGUGUGCGGUGGAAGUGGAAGUGUGUGGGGGUGAAAGUGUGUGGUUGUGGCGGGGGUAAUGUAAGUGUGUGGGGUGGAGUGUACUUAGUGAGUGGGGGUGGAGGGUCAGAUCUACAAUAUCCCCGGUGGGGCUGGUGGGGGGGCGAGGAAGUGGUUGGUGGUUGGGAAGGGGAAGUUGGUGGCGACGAGUGGAAGUUCGUCUGUGGGCGGCUGGUGGGGGUUGGGGGAAGCGUAAGUGCUGUGAGGGGGGAAGGGGUUGAGGGGGAUGGGGGGGUCACUGGUGGGGGGCUGGAAGAUGUGGGCGGGGGUACAUGUAGUGUGGGGAGGGGGGGAGGGGGUGGGGGGGGAAGGAAGUACUGUGGGGGGCUGCCAGGGGUUUUGUAAGUGGGAAGGGGGUGGGUUGGUUGGCGGCGGUGGUGGCGGGAGAGGUGGGGUUGGAAGUGAGAGUGUGGUGGGGGGGGUGGGUGGGGGGGGGAAGGUAAGGGUUGUGGGGGCGGAAGAGUGCUUGUGGGGGGGGAAAGUGGGUGGGGUUGUGACUGGGUAAGUGUGGGGGGGGGUGGGGGAGGGGGUGGGGGGGAAGUGGAAGUGUGUGGGGUCGAAGUUAGAAGUGUAUUUUGUGUUGGUGUAGUGUGGAGUAGGAGUAUAUACUGCAAGUUGUGAAAUGACAUUAAAACCAGUAAUAAGGUGAGAUGUAGUGUACGGUUUAUACUUCUAAAGUUGUACUGCUAAGUGCACUAUGUUAUUCUAUCUGUUCCCUCCAGGCAAGGGCGUGGUGGAGGUCGCUUUCCAUGCAUGGUAAAGGUCCAUCACAAAAAAGCAGCGGCGCUACCACAACGGUGGCCAAAGCGCGACGGUGGGCACAACGGGGCAGAGACGGACGCGUAAAAGUCAAGUCAGAGCACCAGAGGAGGAUAGCAUCUCACUCAGAAGCAAGAGAGUCAAAGGGCGAAGAGAACGGAGCAGCACGAGAAGAGAGGAGACUAAGAGAAAGAAGAAGGGGAGUACUUCUCACCGCGCCGCUCCACAUCCUUCCUCCGAUCUCCGGCCCUCCCUCCCCCUCCUACUUCCCUUCUCCCUUCUCCUACUCCGUCCUCCUCCUGGCCUCCACUCCUCAUAUCUUUGAGUCUCCUACCCUCUCCGUCCCCUUUCAUGCCGAGAGGAGCGACCCGCCCGCAGGGCAGCCCCCCGCUCAACCGCGAGGGGGGCGCGAACGGCGACAACCAGCGUCCGGGACUGCAGAGAAGCGGCAGCGGCCCGCGCCGCGCAGAGAAGGACAGGAAGAAGAGCGCGAAGAGAAGUAGCAACCGAGAAGGAGCAGAGAUACGGAAGAGCAGUAGAAGAGAAGGGACGCGUAAGAAUAGAAGCCGCUAAGGAAGCGACGUGCGAAGAGCCUGAGAGAGGAGAAGAUAAGAAAGAACGAAGGGCAAGCAGCCGCAGAGGAGAGGGGUAAGACGAGCAGUCCUAGAGGCGAGAAGAGCGAGCUGUACACGAGAAGGACCGAGAGGGAGAAUGAAUAUAGAUUGAUACAGCGCCUCGCAUAUGAACGUAUAAGAGCCUUGCGCCUUAAUUUUAAUAUACUGUCGACUGUAUAUGUUUUUUACUUCUCCUUCCUUCCUUCUCCUUCCUUCCUCUCCUCGUAGCGUUACUGACUUAGCCUGAUGUAAUGUGGUAAUGAAUAGUAGGGGUUAGACUCUAGCCUGAUGUUGUUGAAUGUUGGUAUGAUCUGUAGGUUACGGCUCUAGCCUGAUGAAAUGUUGGUAAUGACUGUAGGGUUAUGCUCUAGCCUGAUGUUUAAAUGUUGGUAAUGAUUGUAGGUUAUGCUCUAGCCUGAUGUAAUGUUGGUAAUGAUCUGUAGUUUAUGCUCUGCCUGAUGUAAUGUUGGUAAUGAUCUGUAGGUACUGCUCUAGCCUGAUUGUAAUGUUGAUACAGAUAGGAGGGGUUAGCUCUAGCCUGAUGUAAUGUUGAUGAAGGGAUACUUAGCACGUGGCUCUUUUAGGCUCAGUGAGUUAAUAUUUGUUUGUGAAGAUCUAUUACAAGUCUAACAGCCUCUAUCCCUCUAUUCCAAUACUCUCCUCUCCUUCUCUUUUUUGUUCCAGAUCGUCGGAGGAAACCCGCCCCAGUGCCUUCUUCCCUCCCCUGACAUCUGCCCUCCGACAACACAAUGGGGGGGGG